GGGGACGAACAUUCAAGUAUCACGCCAUCGAAUGGGGAAGUCGUGUCGAAGCGGAGUGCGGCGAGUACCUCCCCACACAGAAGAAGGAACUGCAUCGACAGCGGAACUCGGCGGUGCAGCCGCUCGUCUUGACAUCCCUGACAAGCAGGGCUCGGCGGACUACGCCUCCGGCAGCAGACACAAGGGCUUCUUUUGGGCGCUCCUGUCAGGGCUGUCAGAGCCGGUCGGGGCGCUCAUCGGUUAUCUCAUCAUCAAGGCCUCGGGGGAGGACAUGAGCCAGACUGUCUACGGGGUCCUCUUCGGCAUAGUCGCAGGUAUGAUGAUCAUGAUCGUGCUCCUGGAGCUCAUGCCCACGGCGUUGCGGUACGACCCGGCGGACAGGUACGUCACGAACUCGAUGGUGAUGGGCAUGGUAGUCAUGGCUACGUCGCUGGUUCUCUUCACGGUGUAACCUGGAGAGCGGGGUCUGCAGCAUGGCGUGCGCUGCCGAGGCUGGACUGGCCGCCCAGGGGAGAGCAGACUGUUCCCCUCGGGCGAGAUGUCAGACACGAGCACGUCGGUGCGCGUCGGAAUGCCAGAUCUGGCCGUCGUGUUGAUCAACCACUCCGCAGCAGGGGUGCUCAACCCGGACGGGGCCAGGACGAGGGCAGAUCUGCUCCAGAACGCUCCGAAAAGGCCGCGGCGCCCGAGACGUGCUCCAGAGCCGCCGGAUCCCAGAGAUCCCCGAUUAAUUCUCACUGGAUCUUCUCCUCGUCCUGUCUUCGUCGUCUUAUCACUUCCCCUUCCUGGAGGGUGAGGUGCGCAUGGACCCGCCGCGGGCGCGCCGGCGGCCGCCGCGCGGGCGGUCAAGGCCGGCUGGCGCUACAGCGGCGUGCUCCUCCUCCUCCUCCCCCUCCCCCUCCCCCUCCUCCUCCUCCUCCUCCUCC